AUGGAAAAAAUUGAAGCAUAUGAAUGUCUACAUCAAAAUGAUCCAUUACCAAAUUUAAUUGAACGUACAAAUAAAUAUUUAUUAAAUUUAAGAUUAACUAAUUGGAUUAUACAAAGACAAUAUGAACAAUUAAGUAUUAAACUAUAUGAAGUGGAAUUAACCCAUCUUUAUGAUUUACCAAAAGCUCAUAAAUCUGGCACUCCACUUUGUCCAAUUAUUUCUGGUAUUAAACAUCCAACUAUUAAAAUAUCAAAAUUUCUUGAUGAAUUACUUCGACCAUUAUUUCAUCAAAUCGCAUUAAAUACAACUGUUACUUAUAGUUUUGACCUAAUUAAACAGUUAUAUAAAUGGUCUAAAUAUAAUAUAUUACAUCAAGAAACUUUAUUAUGUACAAUGGAUGUGCUGGAUCUUUAUUACUUAAAUAUAAAACAAAUUAAUGGUUUAAAAAUUGAAACUAUUAUUCGUUUAUGUCGAUUCGUGGUACAAAAUAAUUAUUUUUCUUAUAAUGGUAAAUAUUAUCAUCAAGUAUGUGGUGGUGCUAUGGGUUCUCCAUUAACAUUAACAAUUGCUAACUGUUAUAUGUUCUUUUUUGAACGAGAUAUCAUUAAACAAAUUAACAAUGGUGGUGGAUUGUAUUUGUGA